AACAGGGGGUUUUCUGAUUUUCUUAGAUUUUGGUGGAGAGUAGGAGAGUUUAAUGUAAACCCUGGUACAGAAUGGCUUUAAUCCGCCAUCUUUUUUGCUCUAAAAACACAAGGUGGCGCUGCAGGCUAAAAAGAGGAAAAGAAAGGGACGGGAAGGAAGAAAAAUGCACAAAGGGUAUUCCGGAUUUCCCACAAAGCCAUAGGAAAUUACACAGCUUUCAGUAUAGCUUGGGAGAAGACGCCUCACUCUUUUCACAGGAAUUGCUAGUGUCCAGGUCAUUCCUAAGGAUUCCAGCUGCUGACAUUCCAGGGAGCUGCCUGAGGCCAAGUGGAAAGAUUUUUAUUUUGAAGAAUGGAGACCAGAUUGGAGCAAGCUAUGCAGAAAAGGCAAGUACUGUUUCUUUGUGUAUUUCUGGGAGCAUCUUGGGCUAGAGCCAAACAGCUUCAGUAUUCUGUGGCAGAGGAAACUGAUAAAGGCACUUUCCUGGGCAAUCUAGAGAAAGAUUUGGGGUUAAGGCUGGGGGAACUGUCAGCCCGUGAAGCUAGAAUUGUUUCUGACCAGAACACACAGUUUUUACUGCUCAGUCCGCUUACUGGAGAAUUAAUCCUAAACGAGAAGCUGGACCGAGAGGAAUUGUGUGGCCCCACAGAGCCCUGUGUGCUGACUUUCCAGGUGCUGUUGGAAAAACCAUUUCAGAUCUACAGCGCUGCACUCCAUGUCAAAGAUAUAAAUGAUAAUUCUCCAGUAUUUCUAGACAAAGAAAUCCUCUUGAGAAUAUUAGAAAGUACCACUCCAGGGGCGACGUUUCUCUUGGAAAGGGCACAGGAUUCUGACGUGGGAAGGAACAGCCUGAGUAACUACACCAUCAGUCCCAACGCUAACUUCCACAUUCAAGUGCAUGAUGGAGGGGAGGGGAUUGUCUUUCCUGAGCUGGUGCUGGAUCAAAUGCUGGACCGGGAAGAAACACCAGAGUUCACGUUAACUCUCACAGCCUUAGAUGGUGGAGCUCCGCCCAGAUCUGGGACCACCCUGGUGAAAAUCCUGGUGUUAGAUAUAAAUGACAACUCCCCUGAAUUUGUGCAGUCACUCUACAAAGUGCAGUUACCUGAAAACACCCCUGUUGGCUCCUUGGUGGUUGCUGUGUCUGCUAGGGAUUUAGACAUGGGAAGUUAUGGACAAAUAGCAUACACAUUUUUUUAUGCCACUGAGAGAAUUCUCCAAACGUUUCAAAUCAAUUCUACAUCCGGCAGUCUUUAUCUUAAAGGCGAACUCAACUACGAAGCAAUCCAAACUUACUCAAUAACCAUUCAGGCCAAAGAUGGUGGAGGACUCUCUGGGAAAUGCACUGUGGUUGUAGAGGUAAUGGAUGUAAAUGAUAACGCACCCGAACUUCUCAUGUCAUCACUUACUAGCCCAAUUGCAGAAAAUUCGCCAGAAACAGUCGUUGCAGUUUUUAAGAUUAGAGACAGAGAUUCGGGAAACAACAGGAAAACCAUGUGCUCCAUUCCGCAUGAUCUCCCUUUCGUCCUGAAGCCAUCUGUGGAAAAUUUCUACACUCUGGUAACAGAGAAGCCUUUAGAUAGAGAAUCAAACACUGAGUACAACAUCACCAUCACCGUCUCCGACAUGGGCUCACCCAGGCUCACAACCCAGCACACCAUAACAGUGCAGGUGUCCGACAUCAACGACAACGCCCCCGCCUUCACCCAAUCCUCCUACACCCUGUCUGUCCGCGAGAACAACAGCCCCGCCCUGCACAUAGGCACCAUCAGAGCCACAGACUCAGACUCUGGCUCCAAUGCCCACAUCACCUACUCGCUGUUGCCAUCACAGGACCGGCAGCUGGCACUGGUGACGCUCAUCUCCAUCAAUACCAAUAACGGGCAGCUGUUCGCGCUCAGGUCCCUGGACUAUGAGGUCCUGCAGUCCUUCGAGUUCCGUGUGGCCGCCACAGACCAAGGCUCUCCAGCUCUCAGCAGCCAGGCGCUGGUGCGCGUCCUGGUGCUGGACGACAAUGACAAUGCGCCCUUCGUGCUUUACCCUCUGCAGAACGCCUCUGCGCCCUGCACUGAGCUGCUGCCCAGGGCGGCGGAGCCCGGCUACCUGGUCACCAAGGUGGUGGCAGUGGACCGCGACUCUGGCCAGAACGCCUGGCUGUUAUUCCAGCUGCUCAAGGCCACGGAGCCAGGGCUGUUCAGCGUGUGGGCACACAAUGGCGAGGUGCGCACCACCAGGCUGCUGAGUGAGCGCGAUGCCCCCAAGCACAGGCUGCUGCUGCUGGUCAAGGACAAUGGCGAUCCUCAGCGCUCUGCCAGUGUCACACUGCAUGUGUUGCUGGUGGAUGGCUUCUCCCAGCCCUACCUGCCUCUGCCAGAGGUGGCGCGCGACCCAGAGCAAGAAGAGGACUCGCUAACACUCUACCUGGUCAUAGCCUUGGCAUCUGUGUCUUCGCUCUUUCUCUUGUCGAUGCUGCUGUUUGUGGGGGUGAGGCUGUGCAGGAGGGCCAGGGCGGCCUCUCUGGGUGUCUGCUCUGUGCCUGAGGGACACUUUCCUGGACACCUGUUGGAUGUCGGCAGCGCAGGGACCCUUUCCCAGAACUACCAAUAUGAGGUGUGUCUGACUGGAGGAUCAGGGAUUUCCAGUGAAUUUAAGUUCCUAAAACCAAUAGCUCCCAACUUCCUAACCGAAAGUACAAGCAGAGAAGUGGAGUAAAAAUAAAUAAAUAAACCCUUUUUGUCCUUGGAUGCAGCCCUAGUUUAAAGUAAGCCCUUGUUGCUUAAAGAAGAAUGAGUUUCUGUUAAUUUAGUACAGAAAAUAAUGCCUAUAUUUAUUCCUAAGAACCAAGGCAUGAAAUGCAUGUGUUGUGUGUUAUCUCAAAUUUAAUUUGAUUCCUCUUGUUUUUAAGCAUUUGUUGAAUUUUAUUCUAUUAAAUGACAAAUCUGGGUAGGGAUGCUUAAAACUGUUUUUCCAUUGUCUAAUCUGAUACUUAUGUUCUGAGUUGUUGGAAUUAUGUAUAAAUAUAGCUACAUUACAUUUUGGGAGGUUAUACUAUGCAGAUUUUGUUAAGUUUCUUUAGUAAUUACUAUGCAUCAUGUAUAAUUUCGUCACCUUUUUGAGACAUAGUUUCCCUUUGUUCGGAUGAGCUUGAACUGUUAAUCUUCCUGCUCCAGAGUCCCAAAGUGCUGGCAUUACAGGGCCUCAGCCUGUUUCCCCACUUUAUUUCAUAAGAGUAGAGGUAUUUAAAUAAUGAGCAAGUAGAAGUUCAUAGAGACUUGGUAAGUUCCACAAUUAUUAACUGGCAGAGCAUCUCCUAAUUGUUUCUGUUGUGUUUUUCUUGUUUAAAGUGUGGGAGAUUUUGUUGUUGUUGUUCUGUCCAUCCUGCAAGGAAGGUGACUUUGCAACAAUAUUAUGCUGUUUUCUGUCAUUCUAUCACUCGAUAUCAUCUGUCAGACUAUAUUGCUUAUCAUCCUCUCCUGUAUUCAGAAAGGGCAAUGCUCCUCUUGGCCUGUAAUCGUACUUCCUUAUAAACUGACAACCCCUUUUUGGGGGUUUAUUUUCCAACUAUUAUUAAAACUAUGCCUUAACUAGAUAUUAAGAUCUAAAAAAAAAAAUGGGUGCUGGACAUAGUGGAACGUGCUUUUAAUCCCAGCAUUGGGAAGGUGGAUGGGUAGGGAGCUCUGUGAGUUUGAAAGCAACCUGGUCUACGGAAAAGUUCCCUGACAGAUGAGGUGACCUAGAGAGACCCUGUCUCAGAAGCUGGAGGUGCAGGAGAAGAAGGAGCAAAGAAGGAGCUUCUCCACAUCAAAUGACCACAUAUAUCAUUGGGUUACUCUUCCGCCACAUCCGUUUCUCAUUUAUAAGAAGGGGAGUUUACAAACAGCCCUAGGAUUUGCCCAAGAAUCACAGCUACUGUUUCUGUGGUUCAUCACACUAGAAGUACAUAAUUUCCCAAACCUUCCAUUACUAGAAACAUACAUGCACACAUAUGUAUAUAUUUCUUGCAGAUAUUUUUUUCCUUCCAGGUUGUUAUUUAAA